AUGAAGUCCUACUAUGGUAUUAUAAAGUUGCUCGCGAAAGAAAAACACAAGGGGCACAGGUACACAUUGGAACAGUACCGAUCGAAAGCUGAGUACUACAUAUGCUCAUGCCUUGACAAGAAUAACGGUGCCAACGUGAAGCGUACUCCGGGUGGUCUAUUGCACAUCCGGCAAUGGAACAACAUGCAAUAUGUAUCAACGGCAGCCUUCCUUCUCACUAUAUACUCCGAUAUCCUUCGAAACUCGGCUCAAAAGCUCAAGUGCCAUGGAGGGUCUGUGGAUUACCAAGACAUACUCCAUUUUGCUAAAUCUCAAGUUGAUUACAUUCUAGGUUCUAACCCAAUGAACAUGAGUUAUUUAGUGGGUUAUGGCCCUAAAUUCCCCACAAGAGUGCACCAUAGAGGGGCCUCAAUGGUGCCAUACAGAGAGAGCAUGGGGUUCAUUGGGUGCACCCAAGGGUUCGACCUUUGGUAUGGUCGGGAGGAGCCCAACCCUAAUGUUGUAGUCGGGGCAGUGGUUGGAGGACCUGAUUGCCAAGAUAAUUUCAUGGAUCAGAGAGGAAAUUACAUGCAGACUGAGGCCUGCACGUAUAAUACAGCACCACUAGUUGGAGUUUUCGCCGAGUUGUUGCAAAUGGAAGACCAAAAGAGCGAUGAUAAUCAUAAUCAGCCUUCGGCAGCUUCUUCUUAGGAAUAAAAUAUAGCAUAUCCUAUCGGAUUUUCUACAGACUGCUUUCUUGGUGGCUGGACUACGGUGUUCAAGCCUUAUUAGUGCUUCUACCUUCCCGUUGUUUAAAUUCCAGCGAGGAGAAGAUAGAAUCUGGUGCCGAUUCAUAUUAGAUAUUUGUUUAGUUUAAUAAUAAUAAGGAAAUAAACAUUUAGAUUCUAUACACAAAAUACCAUCUUAUCU